AUGGCUGGUGGAAGACAUUUAUUGCGAACAGACAAAGAGGUGCAGAAGUUUGCCUACUUCCGCGAGAACUUGGCCAACUACUACAAGUUCAACCUGAAGUCGACCUCAAUUGGUAUCGUUGCCCUCGUGAUUAUUCCUGUGUCGCUCAUGUAUGUAGCGUACAACACCCAUACUAUUGAUGUCAUCAGUAAGAGGAGGACCAAGCCAGUCCAGGAGGACUGGUCACCAAGAUGA